AACCCGCGGUAAUGAAACCGUGGCCGUGACAGGAGUGGAUGUUGUAAACGACAUGUUUUAUGCACAAACUUUGUAGGAAAAGGAUAUUCAGUGGAAACGAAACGUUUCAAACUGAGUUGAGCGCAGAGUUCUUGUCUCGGUCCGUACAGUUUUGGUGAUCUUUCUUACACUGUGACGCCGAAACAGCAAGAGAGCGAUGAGCUAUAGUAGCGGCGACAGCAACACCAUCACCAAACAAGAAAGAAAAGAAGAUGUAUGGGCGGAAGUCACAAAAGCAGCUGAUGAUCUUUACGCUCUUCGAGACACUUAUUUCCCACAAAACCCACUUGACAAGAUCUCCAAAUUGCAAUCAGAAUCCGACCUCGCUCUCAGGCUCCUCGAUUCCAUUCCUCUCGAAGAAAGGAAAUCACCUGUUCAACGUGCUACUUAUGAAUAUCUGAGAGGAAAGAUAUUGGAUGUCUUACCUGACUACAGGAAAGAAGCAGAUGAUCACCUCUCAAAAGCUGUUAAGUUGAAUCCUUCUCUUACAGAUGCUUGGUUGUGUUUGGGUAACUGCAUUUGGAAGAAGGGGGAUCUAUCCACAGCGAAGAAUUGUUUCAAACUCGCUCUAAGCAAGGGCCCAAACAAGAAGAUACUUUGCCUUUUAUCAAUGCUUGAAAGAAGAAUGGCCCAAGGUGCUGAAGAUCAAGCUAAACUUGUUAGUGAAAGCAUUCAGCAUGCCAAGGAUGCGAUCUCUUUAGAUGUGAAGGAUGGAUACUCUUGGUACAACUUAGGAAAUGCAUUGCUGACAAGCUUUUUCAUGACUGGAGCAUGGGAUCACAACAAGCUUCUACAAUCUUUAAAAGCAUACCAGAAUGCUGAGAAAGAUGAAAGCAUGAAGUCUAAUCCAGACCUGUAUUUUAACUCUGCCACAGUCAACAAAUAUUUGGAGAAUUAUGAGAGGGCUCUUACUGAGUUUGAAACUGCUGCCUUAAAGGAUCCUAGUCUCAAUGCUAAUGAGGAAGUUGAAAAGAUGGUUAACCUUCUCAAUAAGUUAGAAAAUUUGUUAAGGGGACAAGCUAGAGCUAAACGACUUGCAUCUAUGGCGUCAUCAAUGGCAGCCGUUAAUGUGAAUUCAUCAUACAAGAGAGCCACUGUUGACCUGUUGUUGGAUGGCCUGAACAAAGCAGUAGCAAUUGUGGGGAAAGUACUUUUUUUUGUUAAGCUCGAGAAUGUCACCCCCCUAUACUAUUUGGUGUGUGAUUCAAAGCAAAUAUGCUUUGUUCUAUCAGUGUAUGGUAUAAGCAACGAUGCGAUUAAAGAGGGGGAUCAGUUGACGUUACUGGAGCCUUCUUAUCAUUGUGUUGAUUUUAUUUGGAAGGAUAAGCAUUACCAUUUCAAAUCAAUUCGAGUAGAUUUCGUAGAGCAAGUCCUUGUGAACGGGAAGGCGCUCUCACCACAUCACGCUGUUCGUUCAUCAAUUUAUGCUCAACAUAAACCAUGAAAAAUUGUUUCAUUCAAGUGAUGUAUUUGUGAAUGUUGUACUUGUAGGUAUGCUUUUUUGUUAUAUGUAAAUAUAUAUAUCUUGAAUCAGAGACUUCAGUGAUUAAAUUCAUUAAAGAUUUGGGUCAAGUCACCUAUGUUUCAUUAUCGAAGAAGUAGCGUGAGCUAAUUAUAAAUGUACCUAUCAAUUUUCUGUAA